GACGGAUCUUCAUCUUCAACCGUUCCCCCGUAUGACUGCAAAAACGACCGAGUGGGUGGCCUCUGACGAGAUAGGAAACACAGUAUGCCGUUGGAGCCUCCGCCUUUCCAGGAAGCCGAGAGAUGCGACGUCUGCAAAUGCAGCUUCAACGCCUUCCGGCGACGGCAUCAUUGCCGAUGUUGUGGAAGGACUUUGUGCCAUGAACACUCAUCAAAUCAAAUGGCUUUACCGCAGUUUGGUGUUCACUCAUGUGUCAGAGUUUGUUCUGAUUGUUAUAAUAACUCCUCUUGGUCUGGGAAGAAUGAUCAACCAGUUUCUACAGAUGCAGCCGAUAGGAAUGAUGACUUGCAGACUUCUUCGGCGACAGUUGAUGUUGUGACUGGUAGAGUUUCAAAAUUGGACAUUGGUGCAGAUCCAGAAUUGAAAACUGUAUCAACUGCAGGGCAUCACCCUGUUGCAGAGUGCACAUGCGGGAUGCCUUUGUGCAUUUGUGAAGCACCGAAGUCCUCUAGGGAUACUGCUCCCUCACAGAGAAUCACUGUGUCAACCUUUACAGCUCAGUUGAACCCAAAACCAAAGAGAAAGGUCACUAGUCCAAAAAAACGAGGGUCCUCUUCGAACAGCAAGCUUUGCUCAGUAUUCAACCUUGGUCAAGUGACUAAUAGUAAUUUGGAUGGUUCUCAGAUGGGAUAUGAAGUUAAUGGGGAGGGUGUAAGAGAAGCUAUAAAGAACAAUGAUACUAUUGCUGUUGAGACAAUUCUGAAGAAGGGUGUGGAUGCAAAUUAUCGUGACAAACAAGGAUUGUCUUUGCUGCAUCUGGCGGCACUUUUCAAUCAAACUGAUAUAGCUUUUGUGCUCAUGGAUUAUGGGGCUAGUGUGGACUGCAAGAAUUCACAAGGGGAAACGCCGCUGGAUUGUGCUCCUGCAACUUUGCAAUACAAGAUGCGAGAGAAGAUUGAGAAAAUGAGCUCCACGGGCCAUCCCACAUGAUUCCGCAGGUGCUUUAUUGCUUUCUGUGCAAACCAAUAUAUGUUAUUGAAAUCUUGGCUGGCUUCUUGCUGUCAGGGGAGGUUUGUGUUGUAACAUACCUCUAAGCCACUGAUCGAGAGAACUACGCAGUUCUCCAUUUUCACAUUUGGUAACAAAUUUCCAUAAAAUGUCAAUUAAGAACUUCCUUUAAAUUAUUAAAAGAGUGUACAAAAUUAAAUGCCAA